AAAAGGGGAUGAAACUCAUUGUCAAAAAACCAAGCAGUAGAUCCAUAGAAUAAAACAACUUAGGUUUUUAUUAUAUAGUUAAAUAAUAAAAGAUGGCGUCGUUGUUUUGGAGAGGUAUUAUUAUACUACCUCUCCUUUUUGUAUAUGUCAAUGGCGAGCAUUUUUUGUACCCUAAACGUCAUGUUGGCAAAGCCGAGUUAGCCGGUUACAAGGGACCGGACUCUCUUGCCGUCGACGGUGGCGGUUUCUAUAGCGGUCCCUUGAUUGCCGAUGACGAUGGAUCUACUGCUAGCGGCAAUGCUGGUGGAACUACCGAGGUGACGGUUGAAAACCUUGGAAAGGCCGACGGUGAUAAUACUAAUGGCAAUGCAAAUAGUGUCGAAUCGACUAAAGUUGCUGCCAAAAAUGGAAUUGGAAAUGGAAAUAUUGUGGAGGCCAAAACUACGUUUAAAGGGAGUUGGGAAUUGUUUGUUGAGAACGCCGGUGUUUCCGCCAUGCAUUUGAUAUUGCUUCCUAAUAUCAACCAGGCUUUGAUGUUCGAUGCCACGGUGUGGAAAAUAUCCAAGAUGAAAUUACCGGGACCACCGUGCCGACACGUCGAGGGAACCAAUGAAGAAGAUUGCUAUGUUCAUUCGAUUCUCAUGGAUGUUGAAACAGGAAAAAUUAGGCCACUUAGGUUGAAUUAUGACACUUGGUGUUCAUCGGGUGCUCUUGAUAUCAAUGGUCGAUUGGUAAGCACUGGCGGUUAUAACAAUGGCUCCGACACCGUCAGAAUCCUUGACUUAUGCGAUACUUGUGGGUGGGAAGAAUAUCCUGGUGCACUUGGAAAUGGAAGAUGGUACGCAACCCAAGUAACCUUAGGCGAUGGUAGAUUCAUGGUGUUCGGCGGUCGAGAUUUCCCAACAUACGAAUUUGUUCCUCCACAAGGCCAGAAAAACACCCUUAAAGAUGUGGUCGAUUUUAAUUUCUUGGUGGAAACACACGAUCCCGUGGAAAAUAAUUUGUACCCUUUCGUUUACCUUUCGACUGAUGGAAAUGUCUUCAUCUUUGCCAACAACCGUUCAGUUCUUUUGAACCCUAACAGUCACAAGAUCAUCCACGAGUUCCCGAUGCUCCCCAAUGGUGCUCGUAAUUAUCCUGCGUCAGGAAGUGCUUGCCUCCUUCCGAUUAUGCUCAAGCCUAAUGAAAAUCGUAAAGUGAUUCCCGCCGAGGUUUUGAUAUGCGGUGGUGCAUCGCAUGAUGCGUAUGCCAAAGCCGAUUUGCAGCGUCCUAAGGUGUUUCUGCCAGGGAACACCGACUGUGCUCGCCUUGAUAUCACCAAAAGGAACGGCAAAUGGAAGAUUAUAAACAUGCCAUCAGCUCGUUUGUUGGAAGACAUGGUGGUUCUUCCCACAGGAGAUGUGUUACUUGUUAACGGUGCCAAGACCGGUUCAGCUGGUUGGGAUGACGCUAGAGAGCCGAAUUUGAACCCUGUUUUGUACAAAUUCCAAACCGAUGGAACUGGUUCAAAGUUUAUCGUGCUUAACCCAUCCAACAUCCCCCGCAUGUACCACUCCUCGUUCGCCCUCCUUCCCGACGCAAAAAUCCUCAUCGCCGGAAGCAACACAAACCCUGGUUACCUCGAUGAUGCAUUGUUCCCCACUGAAGUCCGGGUUGAGAAAUUCUCACCACAUUACUUGGACCCAAACUUGGCCAUGUUCCGACAAUAUAUCAUUGCUGACAAGUCCAAUAACCAAGUGAAGUACGGCAAAAAAUUCACAGUACAAAUCCGUGGAAAUGGCGAAAUUGACCAACAAAAGCUUCAAGUGACGAUUUACUCACCUCCGUUUGUGACCCAUGGGAUCUCCAUGAAUCAGAGAUUGAUUCAAUUGGGAAUUGUGGAAUUUAACAAAAAUGUUACCCCAAAUACAAACAACAUUAUUCUUCAAGCUCCCAUGAAUGGCAACAUUGCGCCACCUGGUUAUUACAUGCUCUUCAUAAACUACAAUGGGGUGCCUUGCCGCCAAUCGAUGUGGGUUCAAUUUUUGCCAUAGAUAUUUUACUGGAAGCAUUGAAUCGCAAAGCCGUUAUAUGAAAUUAUUAUAUUCUCUUAUAAAGAAAAAUUAAUGAAUCACUUUGUUCACGUUUUGUUGCACACAUUAUUCUUUUAAAGAUCAUAUACAAUACAAAAUGUGGACUAUUGGAUUUA